CUGAUUCCGUCGCUCUCUCGCAAAACAUUUAACAAUUUAUCUCACGCCUAUUUCUGUGGUCACAUUUCCCCCUAAACCCUACAGUGACCUGUUUGUUCAUUCGGUCGUUCGUCAGCAGAUUCAUCGCUAAGUCGCGAUUGUGAGUCAUUGAAGCGAUAGAGAAGUGAAAAGUUACACUAAAAGAUAGCGAAGCAAGCGAACAAAAAAAAGAUAAGUUGAGUCAUAUUUUUUGCACCUCCGAUUACUAGAUUGAUGGAGCCACGCAUCAACGGAGACCAGUAGCAAUCGCGCGCCUGUGUCAUUUGGAGUAGCACGUGCUUUGUGGUAAACUAUUUUUCUAUUCGAGAACUAGUAGAGUUCGAUGCCGACGUUCAAUCUGUGAACGAUCUAGAAUCUAGGAAUAAUCAAGGGCAGCAGAUAACAAACAAAUGCAAAGGAAUUCGCGAGUGUAUAUAUGCUGAUAAGAUAAGAGAAGCCGUACAAACCAACUUGGGGUUUAGCCUGUUGUAUCGAAGCAAAACUCAUCAGUUGAAAUCGUUUAUCGUCAGUCAGCCGAGCCAGGUGAAUCGUUUGAAUUUGAAGAACCGACCAGAAGUAGUGGAUUCCUCAUCGGAAUGAUAGUUCAAUGUCCCGGCGAGGUAGGCGUUCCAUCUCCUCCUCCUCCUCCCCCGCCUUCAAUUUCGGAUCCACCAGCGUCAUCACAUGGUAAACAACCGGAUACGAAUUUGCUACUCCAGGAUAUUCGCAGUGGAAUCACUCUGAAACCGACUAAAACCAAAGAUAAAAGCACACCGGCAUUUAUCAACACUACUAAUUAUUUGAUUGCAACUCCUUGUAAUUCACAACACAUGAAUGGUAUAAACGGACCGAAUACGAUUGUGCUAGAUGAGAUGAAAGAUGCCCUUCAAGAGGAACUACGGAACACGCUCAAACGAAAGGUCAAAAAGCACGAUGUGGAACAGGGCAACGGCGAGAAGAAUAAUCAGAUCGAAAAAUCGAUGACAAUCAACCGAACCGAAGUACAGCUGAAGGUAAACACUUCAGUUGAUAGUAUGCCGGUUCUGACUGAGCACAAUGUCAUUGAUAAUGUAGCUAUGAAAAGCCUUCUUUCAAAACGAGCACCUGUACGGAAUGAUACGACGGGCAAUGACAAGGUUGAAAAACCUACAAAAUCCCUUGAGUAUACGGCGAAUCCCGUUCUUGAGAAGCCUCCAACAAAACCAGAAACAGCCAUAAUCACAAACAACGCACAAAUAUCACAAGCAACGUUUAAAGUAUCAAACUGUCCGGCGUGGAGAGAAACUCCGAAACAAUUGCCCCCAACAAAAAUUACCACCAAACCCAAAGACAACUUCGACAUGAUAAAACAUGAGUCUUGGAAGAAAACAGACACCCACCAGCAACUCCAGAUUGAAAUAAAUCCGAUCCUGCCGGAUGACUGCUUGAAAAAUUCAAUUUUAUCGUCAGAGGUAAAAAGUGGAAACGCUUCGAUAAAACCUUCACAGAUAAGGACGCUGACCAAGCAGGGAAGCCACGUUUCGCACACUGAUAUCGUGGAAUCUCCGAAACAGCUCGCCAAAUGCCCCAUAUCGCUAUUGGAAUCCCCAACGCCGUUUUACUCACCACCAACAUCGCAGUACUCAAGUCCUUCAAGUAGCGGACCAUCUUCACCUCGAACUCCUACUCGCACAACCAUACUGGACACAAAAAUCAGUUACAGUCAAAAAACUUCUUCGAUCCCAUCCAGAAGGGAUCCAAAUGUACCCAUGAAAAAGCUUAUGAUAUCCCAUCCAAAGGCAAGCUUCACUCUUCCGCGAACCUACAAACGCCAGACAAGACCGAGUAUUGCUUCACCGAAUGAGCACCAGGAAUCGAAACCCGUUUUCAAAAUCCUAACAAAUCUGGAGCAAACCGAACGACGAGAGGAAACAGCAGCAAAAUCGGUAGCAGGAAAACAACAAAAUCCCAUAAACGGAGAUUCUGCGGGGGCGGAACCGGUUCUUACAUCGUACGUCAGCUUCGCAAAAGAUUUGGGCAAUGCUGCCAAUAACUUCCCGGAUACUGCGAAGAAAACGACCACGGUUGGGGUGGUGAAACAGGAUCUGUUCUACGAAAACAGGAACCUGCGGAACGUUAAAUUCGAUAUCGUAGAAAACGGACAACUCAGGGUUGUGGAUAAAUAGACGCAAAGCUAGCAAUUAAGUAAUGAAAGCAUUUUUCGGUACUUCAGAUUUAGUAGCCGAAGAAGAAUGCACCUAUUGUUCGUAGACUGAGAAGCUGUUUCGUGUGCAAAGUAGUCAUUAGCUGGUCGGGUUUCAACACGCAAGCAGCAUUCGGCUUUGUAUUGUAUAGUUUUCUGUGGGAAUGUGAUGGGAUCAGCUUAGCCGGAAGCAACGACUUGACUCUGCUGACCGAAUGAAAUGUAAUAGUCACUCAUUAUGAAAAAGGAAUACAAUUACUGCUUUUUAGAAGUCACCCGUGUUUCUACUAAUAUAUGGUUUCAUUAGAUUUUAAA